GUGUGUGUGUGUGUGUGUGUGUGUACUGGGAACCGGACGGACGGAUCUCGGGUCAUCUGCAGCUGCGGCGCGCGCACGCGGAGGGCGCAGGAGGAGGCGGAGGGGAAAAAUGGCGGCCAUCAACUAGAACAGGACACACGGGGACAAGUCGGGGAAGAAGAUCCGAAAUAGUUUCCCUGAUUUUCCAGGGACUGUUCAGUGAUGGAGGUGCUACAGUGCGAUGGUUGCGAUUUCCGUGCAGAGUCCUGCGAUGAGCUCAAAGCUCACAUUCAGGAUGUCCACACUGUGUUCCUGCAGCCUACAGACGUUGGGAAUGAAUCUCCUCAAAGGUCAAGGUCCGAUUCCUUAAACUCCUUCAGUCACACAGAGGAGGACGACGAGGACAUCGGCAAUAAUGAAUGUGAAUUUCCACACAAGGAACCAGGCCUCCAGAACUCCUUCACCACAGAUCCGGGGCCCUUCUCCAGUUCAAACCAAACAAUUUACAAUCAGUCAGUCGAGAAGACAACAAACCCGUUUUUUCAGUGCAAAUUUUGUGUGCGCUACUUCAGAUCAAAAUCCCUCCUCAAUGAGCAUGUUAAGAAGGUCCAUGGCAUUGAAGGAGGUGCUUAUUCAAAUGACCAUAUAAAUUCCCUUGACACCUCCAAGUCAGGCUUCAAUGUUACAGCACAUCGUAGCGUAGAAAAGUUGUACUCCUGUCAGUACUGUACAUAUAAAUCUCCUCGCAGAGCGAGAAUCAUAAAGCAUCAGAGUAUGCACCACAAAGAUCAUUUUUUGGCCCAUUCAGAUUCUCCUGUCGAAGCAGAAGCUGAAACCGAGGUUCUGGACAUGGACUCCGAUGCCAUGUCUUCGGAAGAACAGUGCGAGGAAUCACAGGAUCUUACAGAGCGUAAAGUUUUGGAAUCCAUGAUCAAAGCCCGGUCCAGAGGCGGCUUUAGCUGUGAGUGGUGUGGCUUCCAGACCUUGCAAAGACAACAGUUAUGUGAUCAUAUGAUGAAGAAGCAUCGAAACAUGGUUAAGAUUAUGGUAUCGCUGCAAAAGCCCAAAGCAGAUGGAAGUGCAGGAUCCUCAAAAUCAAAUUCUCCUUCAUCACCAAGAAGCACUCCAACCUCCAACUUAAUGUCAACUGAUCUAAGUGGCAAUGAAGGCUCCGCAGCAUCUGUGAAGGGCAGUGCCUCAGUAAAGUCCAUAUCGGGGCUGUCAAAUUUUCAGUAUUCCAAUAUUGCAGGAAAGGUUCCUAACAGCACAGGCUCUUCCAUACUGUCAGAGAGGUCGACUUUUACAAUGUCAGACAUGUCACACUCAAGGGUAGAUCUGGAUACCAGUGUGUUGAACGAUUCACAGAGCAGCUCUGAGGAAGAAUUCGUUGAUGGCAUUGAUGAUCCAACUUAUGACUCGUUGUGCACGGAGGAUUCUGCUAAGCUGCUUCUAUCAGAGGAGAAUAAUAAACUGUUAGAGAUGGAAGGAAUUCAUAUUGGAAGGCAAAUGAAUAGGUUACAGUGCCCAUUCUGCUCAUUCUUGUCUAAACAUCAUAACAGUAUCUUUCACCAUAUAGAAAACAUUCAUUUAGCCAGUCAAACCACGUUGUACAAGUGUGAUGAGUGUACAUUUCUUUGUACAAGUUCAGUAAAACUUGCCACACAUAAGCAAUGUCACGUUGGCUCCACUUCUGAAUGGGACAUCAUGGAUCUAACCCAUGAAAGCCAAGAUGGCCAACUUGAAGACCCAGUCAAUGGUGGAAAUGGCAGCUCUACCAUGAAUGGCCAAAAGUCCACUGAUGUAGAAGAGGAAAAUUCUCAUCAUUGUUCACUCUGUAAUUUCUCCACGAUGACACUUAAAGGUUUACGUGUCCACCAGCAACAUAAGCACUCGUACUGUGAUGGGAUGCAACCCACAAGUCAAGACGAUUCAUUAAACGAGCAGCAGGACUCUGAAACGGAAUCAUACAGCACAUCGAACUUUGUGCAAAAAACUCAAACAUCUAUCCUUGGAUUUUCCUCAAGAAAGCACCUAAUUGGAAAGACAGCCAGAAAGUCGAUAAAUGACUUGCCUCUGGAUUUGUCCCCGGUCAAGAAACGGACAAGAAUUGAUGAAAUUGCAAACAACCUGCAGAGUAAAAUCAGUCAAAGUCAGCAACAAGAGGAUGUUAUUAAUCUCGAUGAUAUGGAAGAUGAGGAAGAGGAAAAUGAGAAUCAUAUUGGUGAAACGAAAGAGAAAGAGAACUCUGAGAUUCAAAGCCGACGGUUUACCUACAAUACACAGCAUUUGUACAUCCGGAAACCUGGUUUUCAUCAAAUAGAGCGUGGUGUCGGCAAAAGGAAGCGUAGUUUGCUGUCCAAGUUACCAUCAAGAAGCAUUCCAAUCCAAGUCACCGUUUCUGACGAUGAGGACAGUUUUGGGGCAGAAUCUAAAGAUAUUCUAGAUCAAAGCAGUCAAGACAGCAGAGAGGCAUAUCUAGAGGGUGCCGAGUACAUAGAGGAACCUGGUAACCUUUUCUACUGUAAACACUGUGAGUACCAAAACAAGUCUGCUCGCAGUGUUAGCACCCAUUACCAACGUAUGCAUCCCUAUAUUAAAUUUAGCUUUAAAUACAUUCUUGAUCCAGAGGAUCAGAGCGCUGUCUUCCGUUGCCUAGAGUGUUUCAUAGAAUACAAUAACUUCAAUGACUUACACCAGCACUACAUGGAUCAUCAUCCAGAAGCUAGCAAUGUUCUCAACUUUAACCAGCCAGAUUUAGUGUACACAUGUCGCUUCUGCUCAUACACCAGCCCAAAUGUGAGAAGCCUGAUGCCUCAUUACCAAAGAAUGCACCCCUCAGUGAAAAUCAACAACGCCAUGAUCUUCUCAAGCUACAUAGUGGAUCAGCCCCAGAAAGGAGCUACAGAGUCGCAGACCCUGAGGGAAAUUUUGAAUUCAGGGCCCAAGAGCUUCAACAACUCCGCCUCACAGUCUUCUUCCAGUCCCACCCUUAAAAACUCGAUCAAAACACCAGACUCAAAUAUGGACUCUGAAGCCUUUAGAGAAAUUGUUGAUGGGAAUGUGGUGGUGUACGACUGUGACAUAUGCUCAUUCGCAAGCCCCAAUAUGCACUCUGUAUUGGUUCACUAUCAGAAAAAGCAUCCUGAUCAGAAAGCAUCAUACUUUCGCAUACAGAAAACCAUGCGAGUCGUAUCAGUUGAUCGAGCCCAAUCAUCAGCCAACUCCACAUUUACCCUUUCCAGUACUCCGAAGCCCUCAAACGUUGUUCUGCCCUUAAACCUGGAUGACGAGCUUUACUACUGCAAGCACUGUGUUUACAACAACCGAUCUGUAGUGGGGGUUCUAGUUCAUUACCAAAAGCGGCAUCCAGAAAUCAAGGUGACUGCUAAAUACAUAAAGCAUGCCCCUCCUACACUUGGGUUGAUGAAGCUUAUGGAUGAGUUGCAGAUUGCCCCUCCGAAACAAUUUCUGAAACAGUUAAGCACCAAUGCAACGGAAGGAUCCAAUCAUUUGCAUCCAAAAGGAACUUUAGACAAGGGGGAGGGUGAGAUGUUGUUUUUUUGCCAGCACUGCGACUACGGUAACCGCACUGUGAAAGGAGUGUUGAUCCAUUACCAGAAGAAACACAGAGACGUAAAGGCUAAUGCAGACUUGGUUCGAAGGCAUACCGCUGUGGUCCGCAGUCAAAGGGAAAGGGCACAGAUGAUCCAAACCGGAAGUUCCACAUCCACUGCAACCUCAGUCACUGAUGCAGAAAAAUCCAGAGCACUUAGAUCUUUGAAGUGCCGACACUGUGCCUACACAUCUCCCUAUGUGUAUGCCUUGAAGAAGCAUCUUAAGAAGGAUCACCCCACUGUGAAGGCCACAGCCAUGACCAUCUUGCGCUGGGCUUAUCAAGAUGGGAUCUUGGAGGCUGGUUAUCACUGUGAAUGGUGUAUUUAUUCCCAUGCUGAGCCCAGUGGGCUGCUCAUGCAUUACCAAAGACGACACCCAGAGCACAAUGUUGAUUAUGCGUAUAUGGCCAGCAAGUUGUGGGCUGGUCCUGAUAUGUCCACCGCCAAGCAGGUGGGCAACUCUGAGAUAAAGCAUUACCAAUGCAGAGAUUGUGCCUUUGAGGCUUGUUCUGUUUGGGAUAUCACCAACCAUUACCAAGCUGUUCAUCCAUGGGCAGUCAAAGAUGAUGAAUCUGUUCUCAUUGACAUCAUUAAAGGAAACCAUACCAUAGCAUCAGAUAACCAUCUGUCCCCAGUGGGAAAGGGAAAUGUCUCAAUGUCCAUCCCAUUCAACAGUCACCAAUCUGAAGAAAGCAUUGUGGAGAUUGGCAGGUUGGCACCUGAACCCCAUCCACACCUUUCCUUUUCUGCCAGUUCCUCUAUAUCAAACAAUCCUUACCAGUGUACCGUGUGUCUCUCUGAAUACAAUAGUCUACAUGGACUUUUGACGCACUAUGGCAAGAAACACCCAGGCAUGAAAGUUAAGGCUGCGGACUUUGCACAAGAAGCAGAUAUCAAUCCUAGUUCAGUUUACAAGUGCAGGCACUGUCCAUAUGUAAAUUCCCGCAUCCACGGGGUUCUUACGCAUUACCAGAAACGACAUCCUCUUGUCAAAGUAACAGCUGAAGACUUUGCUGAUGAUGUUGAGGAGGUCAAAGAUUUGGUGCCAGAUGGUGAUGAAAGAUCAAAAAACCAGAGGCAGGGAUACGGUGCCUACAGAUGCAAGAUGUGCCCUUAUGCUCAUGGAACACUUGAGAAGCUGAAGAUUCAUUAUGAGAAAUAUCACAACCAGUCUGUUUCGGAAAUAUUUGCAUCAACACAAGUUCAUUCCUCGAUCAGAAAGGAGGACACUAUUGCCGAAUGCAGUGCUAGCAGCAUGACUGAAACAUCCGAGAGAAGCGAGUUCGACCUUACCCUCUCAGAAUUUGCAAAGGGAGAGAAACAUACUGUGUUCAGAUGUCAGCUCUGCAAGUACUUCUGCUCGACCCGGAAGGGUAUCGCUCGGCACUACCGCAUCAAGCACAACAAUGUACGAGCUCAACCCGAAGGCAAGAACAACGUAUUUAAAUGCGCCCUUUGUUCCUACACCAACCCCAUCCGAAAAGGUCUGGCUGCUCACUAUCAGAAACGGCAUGACAUUGAUGCUUACUACACGCACUGCCUCGCUGCUUCCAAGACCUUGAGUGAGAAACCAAGCAAAGUGACUGUACCUUUGGCCUCUGAAGAAAUUAAGUCAGCAAUGAGCGAGGAGCUGAGGCAAGCAGUUGACCGUAGAAAGUGCUCGUUGUGCUCUUUCCAGGCAUUCAGCAGGAAAAGCAUUAUCUCACACUAUGUCAAGCGCCACCCAGGGGUUUUUCCAAAAAAGCAAUCCUCCAGCAAACUUGGUCGUUACUUCACUGUGAUUUAUCCCAAGGAUCCGGAGACACCAGCCAUUACUGAUGAUGUAGAACUGGUGGAAGUCAAAUCUGAGAAUGAUGGAGAACACAUGGAGAAUGACUUGGAAUGGCAACAGUUCAAGUGCAUGAAGUGCCCUGAGCUGACCUUUGACACCAUGGACCUUCUUGUCUCACAUUACAACGAUUACCACAGUAACGAACUCAAGCGCGACUUUGUUACCAUACAGAGCCCAGUGGAGGAAGGCGCCGAGCUCUACCAAUGUGCUCACUGUGAAAUCAAGUUCCUCACACUUCCUGAACUUAGCAUCCACCUUACGAAGCAUAACGAGAAGUUUGAGAAAAGGACAGUGCACUAUGAAUGGGGUAAGCAGUUCCAGAUCAGGCAGAAAUCCGCAGAGACACUGGAAGCACAGCCUGAAAACAAGAUGGAUGGCUUAGCCGAAAAAGCCCCCAUUGGCUACAGGUGCAACUUUUGCGUUGAGAUUCACCCGACCCUUAGGGCUAUUUGCAACCAUUUGAGGAAGCACGUUCAGUAUGGAGAAGCCAAAGAAGGCCAUGUAGCGGUAAAAAGAGACACUAUUAUGCAGGGAGUGGUGGAAAUUUCUGACGGCAUCGCCAACGGUAGCAUGGAGGAUGCGGUCACUACAGACACUGUUCCCACCGUAACUGGUGAUGGCAUGUUGGUCACCGUGGCGACGGAUAUCGCGGAUAGGGUUCCGGAGCACCGGUGCGAUAUGUGCGAUAGAGUUUUCAUGUCCAUGCAGGGACUACGAUCUCAUGAACGAAGUCAUUCGGCCACGGCAAUGUUCAACAGAGAUGACAAGUACAGUUGCCAGUACUGUCAGUUCCAGUCAGCUUUCAGACACAACCUGGAUCGACACAUUCAAUCUCAUCAUGGACAUCACAAACCAUUCCGCUGUAAACUCUGUCCCUUUAAAUCAGCCUACCUGAGCCGCCUGAAGAGUCACCUGCACAAAUCACAUGCAGGUGAGAACACGUAUAAGUGCAUCUCAUGUCCAUUCUCGACGAUGACGAUCAGUCAGCUGAAGGAUCACUCACUGCAAGAACACGGAGAAACUCUUACACUGCCCCGGCUGAGAGCCCGAGCCGCCCUGCGCACCACACACUCCCAUAACAAUACACCACACACACCUAGUGAUGCUGCCACCAACGAUUCCCUGACAUAUUUGGAGCCCCCAGACGUUCAGCAGCAGUUGAGUCAUUACCAGUUGGCGUCUCGUAAUCAGGCACCACCCACACUCUUGUCGGUUUCUCCUGGGCCUUCCCCGUCGACUGGGGUAGAGGCAUUAGGGGCAGCUCUGGUUCGCCCUGAAGCCAACCUAACCUGUGAAUUCUGUGAGUUCAGCUCAGGUUAUAUGCAGAGUCUGAGGAGACAUUACCGAGAUCGGCACGGAGGAAAGAAACUCUUCAAGUGCAAAGACUGUUCCUUCUUCACCUGCUACAAGUCCACCUUCACCAUGCAUGUGGAGGCUGGACACAGUCCUCCCUCUGACGAUGGACUGAGAGAACUGCGCUGUCCUUUCUGUCUUUAUCACACCAAGUCCAAGAGUCAUAUGAUUGACCAUGUCCUCCUUCACCGAGAAGAGAGAGUGAUCCCUCUGGAAGUGUCUCGCUCUAAGCUGUCUCGUCACUUAGACGGCUUAAUCUUUCGCUGUCAUAAGUGCACGUUUACAUGUUCGAGUGGCGACAGUCUGCAGCAGCACAUCGACAAACACGAUGAGCCCAAACCAUAUGAGUGUCGACUCUGUUAUUACGACACAAAAGACCAGCAGCAGCUUGAGGAUCACUUGCGAGACGAGCACAAGGUGAUCCGUAACUUCGAGCUGAUGGGCCGAGUGAAUCUGGACCAGCUGGAUGUUUUGAAAGAGAAAAUAAACAGUGAAGAGGAAGAGGAACUGAGGGAGGAAGAGGAAGAACAAGAUGAACUGAUGGCCAUUGAUGAUGACGAUGAUUAUGAUGAGGAGGAGCAAACCGAGGAGGCAGAAAGAGAAGAGGAAAAAGAGUUGGAGGAUGAAAUGACAGCCACACAGGAAGAGAGUAAACAGGAAGCAGAGAUGGCAGAAACAGUGACGGCGUGUUCUCCAAGUACAGGGAAAAAGUUUCCAUGUGAGUUUUGUGGGCGAACUUUUUCUCUUAGUUUGGAAUGGGAACGACAUGUUCUCCGCCACGGCAUGACUGUUAAUAGCAACAUGAGAGCAAUGAGCCCAGUUGCCUCAUUAACAAUAACAGAUGGAGGCAUCGACCAAUCAGCUAACACUACAGAAGUCGAGAGAGAGUAUCAGUCGAACCAAUCGGAGAGUUCUGUACAGAAUGAGGAAGAUUGAGAGACCAAAAAUGACGUAUAGAAAUGUACUGUGUUAUAAUGGUGUACGGUUUGUUGUUAAAAAAAAAAAAAUAGGCUGCUUCAUGGACACUUGACAAAAAAAAAGUGAGGAAAAAAAGCAAAACUGUUCAUGGUUUUGAAGCAUUGUUAGAUUUUAAGUGUUAAACAUGGGUUCUAUAGGUUGUGUUACAUCCUAGCUGUGUGUUAAAUCGCUGAUCCUUUAAAAAGUGUGACUUGGUCCCAUAGGACAGAUGCUAAUAAUAUAUUGGUAACCAAUAGUGAUGAAUCUGUAAGGACUUUGUUCAGGUCAAAUAAACGCUUCCUGUAAGGUAACACAAAAAAUUUCGUUCUUAAUGCUAAAUAUGUUAAAGGUUAAAAAAAAAAAAAAAAAAAAAAUUUCAAACCUGCACAGGGUAAAGUGUUCCAAAAGAUUAAUUCUCCUGGAAUUGUAUUAAAGUAUGUGAUCCUUUAAUACAGCGAUCCAAAAUGCCCCAUGUAAACUUUAUAUUAGUCAAAAUUGAUGUGGAUUUUAUCCUAAAUACAAUAUGUAGGAUUGGACAUUUAGAUGCUGACAGUUAUAUUUAUUAUAUUAUGGAUAUGUUGGUCUUUAUUUUACCAACCCAAUAAAUUACAUAUACCAUUUUUUUUUGGCAAAAAAGUCAAGUGGCAAAAAGUCAAAGUGGCAAAAAAGUCAAUUCGAAUAAGUUUUAAAAUGUUUCUCAUUUAAUUAUAUUACAUAUAAUUUGAUUACAGUACGUUAAGGAAUUACUGGCCGUUCCAAACACCAAUUCAGAGUUAUUAUAUUUGUUCAAGACACUAAAUUACAGAUUUAAAUAAGUAUUUAAAUAUGAUAAUAUUACGACUCUAUUUCUGUGAGCCUUCGUUCGCUUGUAUCCAUUUUAUUACAUCCACAAGUUUGUUUUUUUUUUUUUUUUUUUAACAGCUAUAUUUGUGACCCAGCAUUAUUAUUUCCCCUGCAACCCAUAAACACUGUGAUUUUAACAGCUUUCGAACACUAAAAUGACGGAGUGGUCCUCAUUUUUGCGAUUCAGACACAAAGCUGUGACGAUUCUCUAACACCUGACACACAGGUUGUGUGAUUUGACCCGAACGCUGACUUACAGAUUCAAUAUUUUUUUUACAUUUUUAGCCUUGUGUUAAUCUUUAAUCCUGUAGCUGAAUUCCUUCAGGAAUAGUCUCCAUCUUAUUUGUAUCAGACGUUUGUUGAUUUUUAUUUCUAUUUAAUUUCUUUUUUGCUUUGUUUUUUUGUUUUUGUUUUGUUUUUGUAUAUGGACAAACACUGGGCCCCAAAGUUUUGUAGCAAAUUGCUACUGUAGUUUUAUUCUGUUUUUAAUUCUUAUUUUUAUUUUUAAGGCAUGUUCCUGCACUCCGUCAUAUAUGAAAGCAAAACAAACAAGAAAAAAAGUUUAUGUAAUAACUUAAAGCACCUUCAACUCCAUUGCUCCAAAUUUAUCAUUUUCUUUUUGUGCAUGAUUACAGGAAACAAGAACUGAAGAAAAGUAGCAUUUUGGGUUUAGCUAUUUUAUAUCGAGCAGCUCGUCCCAACAAGCAAUUACUACAAUAAUAACAUUUGUUUUAUUUAAAUAAUUGUUUUUAUGUUUCUCCUCAAAGAUACAAUGAAUAGAUUGUAUGCGAUGAAAGUUGCUGCUCAAAAACCCUGAAGCCUUAUUAUUAUGAUUAUUAUUAUUAUUUUGACUUUUUUUUUAUGUCAUUUUGCUCCAUUUCUUUUUAAACACAAUUUGGUGCAGUUUAAAUACAAUACAUUUGCAUCCCAAAAUCUAAGAUACUGUUUUGGGAUAAAUGUGAGAGAAAUUUCGACCUGUUCUACAGCAAUCCCAGAAUUCUCAGAGAAUUCUCAGAAUAUAUUAGUAAAUUUUUUUAAACAAAAUAUUGUAAUAAUUGACUGUGCAUGUAACAUUUCUAUUGUAGUAUUACACCGUUACUCAGCACAUCUGUGUGCAGCAAAGCAAACGUCAUUCAGAAACUGUUUCGUAUAUAACACAUUUUUGAUAACGAAACAGAAAACAUCAGGAGCCGUGACAUCACUGAUGGAGGAAAAAAAAACACCUCGUACUCAUCUUUCCGCACCUGUCUUAUAAGUGAGGAAGGAAAAUCGAGCUAUAUUCUGGGUAAUCUGGGAAGUUAUUAUUAUUUUAUUUUUAAACAGAAGCUUCAUGUCAAGUGUUUGGGAAUGUGGUGGGAUUUUCUUUGUGUGUGUGUGUGUCGUCAUAUUUAACAAAAAAAAAAAAAAAAAAAGUCAUUUUGUGUGGUUAUAGGAAAGACUUUUCUACCUUUAAAAAAAAAAAAAAAAAAAAAGUUUCUUUCUUUAUAAGCCUAAAAGUUUGUAAAAGAUAGAAACCCGUUAGAAUUCUGAACACACUGGAUUGUUGUACAUAUGAUUUAGAAUUUUGUUUGUUUGCUUGUUUGUUUGUUUUGUUUGGAGCCCCUCCAUCUCGCCUUCCUGUGAAACCCGUGACGUUGACUAGAAGUUUGUUGUUUACACUUUGAUUUCUGGAUAUUCUGUAAAUAUUGUAAUUCAUCGGGUUUUUUUUAACUUGUUAAUAAAGUUAUCAGAUAACGAGAAA